UUAGCACGUUCCGUUGUUUAGGCGCUCUUUUCUCCUCUCCGCGCGUAGGAGGAGCUGCAGUCUCUCCGGCUCCGGCGAUGGGCUCCGUCCGUACGAUUCCCGACCUCUGCCGCCGGCUGAUUUCGUUCGCUUUCCGGAGGUGCCGCGCCUCCGAUGACCUGUGCCGCGUCUCCGUCGCUCUCGCCGGCUCUCCCGUCGUCCGAAUCUCCGUUUCGGACACGGGCGCUGCUAGCUGCUUGGAAGAGUUUCAGGACUUGAGAGUCACAGAUGAAGUGAUUUUCGCCGAAAAGUGGGAUGGAACGCUUUCUGUGCGAACCACUGGUGCUUCUGAUGAGGAGGUAAAUUAUUAUAACUUGAAUCUAAAAGAAGGUAGCUCGAAUGGUUGGCUAACUCGGCUCCAUUCAAUCGCUAAAAAUGGCAUGAGAUUCAGUGGGACUGAAGUGUGUCUAUCUGUCUCUGAGAAAUUUGAAGUUCUUCCGGGUGAGAUCAAGCAAUUCGUCGAGAAGAUGCUGAUUUUGAACAUCCCAAAUAUUGCGUUUGAACUGGUGGUCCAACAUGAGAAUGUUUAUAAAUCAUGCUAUGGAGAUGCUUUCCUGCCAAGUAAAAGCAUGCCUUCACCCUUUUCAGCUUCAAAUGUAGAACGUUUGAAGUAUGGCUUUGAGGAUUAUAUUUUAAAGCGCUGCAACAAUCUUAGUAACGACCUUGGUUUAUCAUUGAAUGCCAUGGAGCAUUUGAGGACUGGAAUGGGAACUAUAUGCAGCUCAAAAUUUUCUGGAAGACAAAAUCUGGGAUUAACGGUAGAUGCAGUAAUCAUCAUAAGCGAGUUUUCUGAUGAAACAAGUCCUUGUUCGAGGGAAUGUGGUCGCCAGACAGAGGUUUUGUAUUUCAAGGAUUUCUCACCUUCCCCGAUUUCCAAGUCAUCUCUUAAUGCAUUGAAGAGCAUUGAUUGGAAAAGUUAUGGUUUGACACUCGGCAACAUCAUGGAUCAAGGAGGUGGUGCCUCUCUAGAAUGGGAAAACCUGCCACCACAUGCUCAUGUUGAUGUUAUCUUCCAUUGCUAUCAAGCAGAAUAUCCGUUCCCUCCUUCGAAGCAAAAGGUCUUGUCUGAAAGAUCUCUUUUGAAGAAAGCAGCUAAACUAGCAUUGGAUGACAUGAAGGAGAAACAUUCGGGAAUUCUUCUAAGUGAUCGAGCCCUGAAGAUACAAAGUCAUGCCCCUGAUCUUGCAAGAACACUUGCUGGUCUUAUUUUGUCCUCCAAUGACAUGGAAUUCCAAGGAGAAUGUCUCUCUCUUCUUGGUUUGCAGACCGGAGUUGGAGCGGAGGUAGUUGAAGAAUGUGUCAUGGACAAGAUUAAUGCAGUUAUAGAGCUGAAUGACAGGAAACCUGAGAGAUGCAAAGAGGCUGUUCCUUUUCUUUUCGAAGAUGAUAUUCUUCAGGGAAUGGACUUCGAAGAUGAAUGUGAAGAAGGUGAGGACUCCUAUGACUCUUUAGAUAUGUAAUAAUACCAAGUAUAUCACACUCCAUAGAAUGUGGCCCAGAUCGGUAGACUCCUAGCUGGGUUUUACCUCUUGAUGAUGACCACAGGGGCUAUGAUGCAUAUGUGCCAAUCCAUUUAGAGGCAAACACUUGCUCAUUAGUUAAAUAUGACCUUGUGUCAGCUGAAGCAGCUGGACAACGAAAGUUGUUAUGCUUUUGAAAUUUUAUAGAGCUUCCUAUAUAGUCUGAAAUUUUAGGUAGACUAUUGAAGGAGAAGAUUUGCUUUUUCCCACUGUAAUAACCGGUAACAAACUGCCAUACCGGUUCACCCCAAAA